AUGGAUGCAGCACAAGAAAUGUACAAUGCUGUUGUUGAUGAAGAGGACUUGGAUGAGUACUAUCUACAACUACUUGAUGAGACUGUGCCCAACUUCAACAAUCAAAUCUCCUCUGAACCAGAAUCUGCUGCACAAGACCAAAACAGAAAAAUUAAACCUGAGAUGAAGCAUGAAAAGAGAAGGAGAGCUGUAGAUGAAUUGUUAAUUAUGGAAGAGAACGGAGUCAAGGAAAAAGGGAACUGUGGGAGGAAAUCAAUGGAAUAUAGUGAGGAGUUUCUCCAAUCAGUGCCACUGAAUUUACGCACUUCAGUUAGAUGCUUUGCUGGGGCACUCAAAGUGUCUCCUUCAGCAAUUUAUAGACUGCUCAAGAAGGGGAAGUUCAGAAGCCAUACAAGUAGCAACCAUCCAAGUUUGACAGAGACUCACAAAUUGGAGAGGAUGAAGUGGGUGCUAUCCCACAUUCUACCUGGCACACCCACUGUACAAGCAGAGUUUAUACACAUGGAGAACAUCAUACACAUUGAUGAGAAAUGGUUCUAUUUGAACCCAGAUACAAGGAGAUUUUAUUUAUUGCCAAGAGAAGAUGAUCCAUAUAGAUGUUGCCAAUCAAAGAGAUUCAAAAUUAAAGCUAUGUUUAUGGGGGUAGUAUCAAAACCAAUGUAUGAUGGUCAAGGUAAUCUCAUUCAUGAUGGCAAGUUUGGCAUCUUUCCUUUUGUAGAGAGGGUGGCAGCAAAAUACACUACCAAAAACAGAGAUAAGGGCACUAUUGCAACAAAGGCUGUUGAGAGGAUCACUCAGAAGGUCAUCAGAGACAUGAUUAUACAGAAUGUACUGCCAUCUAUAAUGAGUAAGUGGCCUGCUGGUAUGUCCAAGGAUAUAUUCAUCCAACAGGACAAUGCUAGACCUCACAUACAAGGAAAUGAUGAGGCAUUCAAGGCAGCAGCAACUGAAAAUGGGUUCAACAUCAUGCUCAUUCAACAGCCACCUCAGUCCCUAGAUUUAAAUGUUCUUGAUUUAGGUUUUUUUAGAGCCAUACAAGCUUUAAUGUAUCAAACAUUUCCUAAGAACAUAGAUGAGCUCAUAACAAAUGUGCAAGAUGCAUAUGACAAAUUUGAUCCUAGUGUUAUGAAAUACACAUGGUUACAAUUACAGUGGAUUAUGGUUGAGAUUCUACAGGUUAGAGGAGGUAAUAAUUACAAGAACCCUCAUCAUGGGAAGGCAAGAUUAGAAAGGUUGGGUCUUCUCCCAAAAACUGUCAAAUGUGAUCAAGUUAUUGUGGAUGAAGCUGUGCACUAUUUGAAUGAGAAGUUACCAAAUGAAAGUGAACAACUUGAGUACUUUGACUGUGAGGGGGUCAUUGAUGAAGACUAA